GCAAACACAGUUAAUGCUGGAGAGUUGCUAAGUUCUACCACAGUCACUGCAAGCAGGGAGCAAGGGAAAUGCAGCCUUUCUUAAUCAUUAUACCCCUAUGUCUUGGGCUGCAGCAGAUCCCAGGGGUUGGUGCUGCUGCUACCGCUUCUGCCUGUGGACCUUGUGAUAGGGACAUCUGCAGGUCUGUUACUUGUGCAGCCCCUGAGUUGCUGACCAGAGAUGAGUGUGACUGCUGUGACAGUUGCCUCAGUGUAGAAGGAGAGCCCUGCGGAGGACGGGAUGAGGGCAGGGCACGCUGUGCCCCUGGCAUGGUCUGUGUGAGCCGACCCAGCAUGGGCAGGGAAUCGUCUUCAUAUUCUGAUGGGACUGGGGCAUGUUUAUGUGAAGAGGAUGGGGCUGUGUGUGGAUCAGAUGGGAAGACCCACUCUAGUGCUUGUGCCCUUCGCCUACACAGCUGGAAGAUGCUGCACGCUGGCAAAGGCUCCAUCCAUAAGGUGCAUGAUGGAGAGUGCAAGUAUGCUCCUGUUAUUGUUGUCUCACCCAAAAAAAUUCAUAAUGCUACUGGAGCCCAGGUGUACCUAUCGUGUGAGGUGAAGGCCGUUCCAACUCCCAGCAUUACCUGGAGAAAGGUUACAGAGUCUCCCAAAGGAACAAAGCUCUUUGAGGAGUUGCCUGGAGACAGAGUAAAUGUGGCAGUCCAAGUCCGUGGUGGUCCAUCCCGCCAUGAAAUUACUGGCUGGGUUCUGAUCAACCCACUAAUGAAGGAAGAUGAGGGCACUUAUCAAUGUCAUGCAACAAAUAUGGUUGGUGAGACUUAUGCUGAUGGAACAAUAAGAGUCACAGAGCACAGCAAGAUAAAGAAGAAUAACCACAUGAGUUCUGAAAGCAAAGCUUAAUAAGGACUGAAGGCGACGACUGGACACUGGAGUCACACUUUUUUUUUGUAGCCCUACGUAAGACAAUAUAUAGAGAAAAUAGUUUUAUAUUGGUAUAAUGAUGUUUUGUACAGGUACAGCCCAGAUAAAGCAUAAAGGUGAUUGCAAUCAUUUCAGAGUAAAGUUACCCCUGCUGCAAAACAGCUGUGUAGAACCAUUGGGCUAGAUUCUAUGCAUUGCUGCUAUAAUGGCGCUGCUAAUAAAAGAAAAACAAAUCAGCAUAUUACUGCAAUUAUAGAAAUAGCACUAUAUUCAGGUCGCCACUAAAUAAUAGUAGCCACUUACAUCUGGUUGCUAGCCCCGCCUGCCUCCUUACAGUUUUAACUCCUCUACAUGAUCCCUCAUUCACAUUUACCGCUCUAAACCUAAUUACCCUCUUCCAAAAUUCCAUCAUCACAAUUACCCUCAGCAUUUAAAAAGGGACAGCAAACACCCUAAUAUUUUUAUUUAAAAGCUUUACUUAUGCAUCAUGAAACAACUGUGUAAUAUAUUUUCAUUGUUUAUUUUGCUCCUUUUUCAUAUAAAUUUAGCUCUGAAAAUUGAAAAAUUUCUAAUUAUCAGAACUUUAAAUGCACCCUGCUAACUUUUCAUGGUUAACCCUGCUACAUACCUGACCCUAAUUGAAUUUACCAGAUAAAAACAACUGAAAAACAAUGCAAUUUAUAUUAACUUUAUAUCAGUGGCUAUCCUUAUUGACAGAUUGGCUUCUACAAAUAAGGCAAAUGGUGGGUGGAGUUUUGCUAUUGAAACAUUUUUGCAGUAAAAAGGAUGUUAAUUUGUUUUAAAAAUGUUAAGACUUGGCUGAUAUGUUAUUCUAUAUCAGAAUAACAGAAAUAUCUUGUAAUUGCAAGAGCACACAACUGCAGAUCCUUUUUUGGCAUCCCUGCCGUGGGUUUGUAAUUAGAAGAGACUCUCUCCUGUAUAUAGGAAAAUUAGUCAAUCAUGAAUUUUUAAUUACAUUAACCAAUCUGAAUUUCAGGUGGACAAGAUCAUGGUCAGAAUUUUUUUUAGUGUGGUACUAUAUAAUAACAACAGUCAUAGGAUAGUGUAGCUAAAUGAAUAGCUAUUACUUGUGAGCUGCCUCUGCACUUUAACUGCUUUACUUUUUGCAGUUUGAGCGUGAUCGCUGCUCACCGCUACUGAUGUCAACAUUGAUGUUGCUAUGCAGCGACUCUGUUGCUAUCAGCAACUGUUCACAUAGGAUCUAGCUCAUUGUAUAAACAUCUGCCAAUCAUGUUUAAAAUAAUAAUAAAAAAAUUAAAACAAUUUUGUAAAGUGGAGAGUUUUCUAAAUCGGUCUCCAAAACUUUUUACCUGUUUUUAUUAACCAAAACAUAUGCUAGGGAUAUAUUACAAUAUAUCUACUGAAAAAAAAAACUUUAUAAAAAAGAAAUAAAAAAGUGUUACAUCUGAUUAUGUACAAAUA